UAUUACUUUGAAUCACAGCAAGUAUGAUCACCCCAAGAAUUAAGAAGGAAACAGAAAGACUCUCCACCGACCCAAUUGUCGGAAUUUACGCCACUCCAGAUGAGACCAACUUCAGACACUUCCAUGUGCAGAUCUCGGGUCCCGCAGAUACUCCCUACAAUGGAGGACUGUUCAAGGCCGAGCUGUUCUUGCCAGACGAGUACCCAAUGGUGCCUCCAAAGGUGUUGUUCAGGACCAAAAUCUUCCACCCCAAUAUUGACAAGCUAGGCAGAAUUUGCUUGGAUAUCCUGAAGAAGAACUGGUCCCCAGCCUUGCAGAUCAGAGCCGUCUUGGUCUCCAUCCAGAGUUUGUUGAGUGACGCUAACCUUGACGACCCACUCGACGAAGAAGUCGCCGAGUUGUUCAAAACCGACCCAGAAGCCGCUGAAGAGAAAGCAAGACAAUGGACUCUCGACUACGCCAACGAAUAAGAGGCAGGAUCGGAAAGAAUUUGCGAAUAACAUUCUUGAAUAAAUCGUUCCAUCGGGUUGGGUCUGGGAACUUGGGGUCUACUUCAAAGCAGAA